AUGGAAAAAACACCCAUUCCACCUUUCAAAACUGAACCUACAGAAACGGCACCUGGUCGUUUGGAACGCUGGCUAAAGCGUUUUGAUAAUUUCCUCAUCGCUAAGGCAAUUACCGAUGAUGUAAGGAAACGGGCCAUGUUGCUUCACUUGGGCGGCGACGACGUUUUUGAAAUAAGUGAAAGCCAUACUCUAGCAGAAGACACGUAUGCACAGACAAAAGAAAAACUGUCAGCUUAUUUUGCUCCAAAGAGGAACAUUGAAUACGAAAUAUUUAUGUUCAGACAAGCAACACAACAUCCCACUGAAGUGCUGGACAAAUACCAUGCUAGAUUGUGCCAGCUGGCAAAGAACUGUGAAUUUCACAACAAGGAUGCAGAGAUAAAAUCACAGAUUAUUCAGCGAUGCCAACUUAUCAAAGUCAGGAAUAAAGGAUUGAGCGAACCAACGCUAACUCUGAAAGAGUUACUUACUUUUGGCCGAACACUGGAAGCAACAAAUGUGCAAGCCAAAGCAAUGUCUGGAGGAAUUCCAAGGAUAGCAGUGUACUUGGAUGAUGUGUUAGUAACUGGAUCUUCAUGGGAAGAGGCCAACGCAAACUUGAUUCUAGUCCUGACUAGACUUCAGAAUGCUGGACUUCGACUAAAACAGGAGAAGUGUACUUUCAUGCAAGAGUCAUGUGUCUAUCUGGGGCAUAAACUAGAUGCAGAAGGAAUACAUCCGACUCAAGAAAAAGUAAAUGCACUGGCAGAGGCACCGGUUCCAAUGAACGCAUCCGAGCUGAAAAGCUACUUAGGUAUGAUAAAUUAUUAUCAUCGAUUCUUACAGAACCUGAGCACGGUUCUGGCACCUCUCAACAAUCUGCUUCGUAAGGAAGUUCAAUGGAUGUGGGGUCCAAAACAGCAGGAAGCUUUCGAAAUGUCAAAGAAAAUGUUGCAAUCAUCACAAGUCAUUGUGCAUUAUAACCCAACGUUGCCACUGAUACUCAGUUGCGAUGCAUCUCCUUAUGGGGUAGGUGCAGUGCUAUCGCAUCGCAUGCCAGAUGGAGCUGAAAAGGCGGUGGCAUUUGCCUCACGGUCUCUGUCGAAGGCGGAAAAAAAUUAUGCACACCUGGAGAGAGAAGGACUAUCUAUUAUUUUUGGAAUUACCAAGUUCCACAAGUACAUUUAUGGUAGGGAUUUCAUCAUCCAGACAGACCAUAAACCGUUGCUGGGACUACUCAAGGAAGAUCGACUUGUUUCCCCUAUGGCAAGUGCACGAAUUCAACGUUGGGUGCUGAAACUGGCAAACUAUAGCUACACUUUGCAGUAUAGGCCCGGAGCUCAGAAUGGUAACGCCGAUGGUCUUAGCAGACUACCAUUGGCAACAUCACCGACUACAGUUCCUGUACCAGAGGAAGUAGUGUUUGCGAUGGCUUUGUUAGACGGCACCCCAGUUACAGCAUCACUAGUGGCCAAAUGGACGGCUGGAGACCCAGUGUUAUCAGCCGUCGUCAGGUUUAUACUUCAAGAUUGGCCUUCUCAGGUAGGAGAGGAAUAUAGACCUUUUCAUCGCCGGAAGAAUGAACUAUCUGUGCAGAAAGGCUGUGUACUUUGGGGCUCAAGAGUGAUAAUUCCAGUUCAGGGUCGGGAAAGACUCUUAGCAGAAUUGCAUAACAGUCAUCCUGGAAUGGUGCGAAUGAAGGCCCUCGCACGUAGCUACUUAUGGUGGCCUGGACUAGACCUAGACAUUGAAACCACAGUUCGAGGAUGCUCUGUUUGUCAACAGAAUGGUAAAGUACCGUCAAGGGCAAGUCUGCACCCAUGGGAAUGGCCAGGAAACCCUUGGUACCGGAUACACAUAGAUUAUGCCGGACCGUUUGAAGGCAAAAUGAUACUGGUGAUAGCAGACGCACACAGCAAGUACAUUGAUGCUCAUAUCAUGUCAUCUAGUACCACUUCAGCCACGUUAAUUAAGUUACGUCAAACUUUUGCAACACAUGGCGUACCAUGUAACUUGGUAUCAGAUAAUGGUACCUCCUUCACCAGCCAAGAGUUCCAGACUUUUUGCAAACAGAAUGGAAUCAAGCAUACUUGCAGCUCACCGUAUCACCCAGCAAGCAACGGGUUGGCUGAGCGAGCUGCGCAAACGGUGAAAGAAGGAUUAACAAAGACUCAAAUUGGUGACUUGGAAUCAAGGUUAUACCGAUUCCUAGCGCAGUAUAGACUAACACCACAGACUACGACUGGACAGUCACCUGCAGAACUGCUCAUGAAAAGACGUCCAAGGUCUCGUCUUGACCUUGUCUACCCUAGUAUGGAGAACGACGUACUAACUAAACAGGCGAAAGCAGUAGCACAACGAGAAACAGCUAACGAGUGCUUAUUCUAUGAGGGAGAUGCUGUAUGGGUUGUGAACUUUGCUGGAAAGCCCAAGUGGCUACCAGGGGUACUUCAUCACAAGUUAAGUCCUGUCUCCUUUAAUGUACAUAUGGAGGAUGGUCGAGAAUGGCGUCGGCACAUCGACCAUAUUCGCAAACGUUUUCCAGAUGAAAAUGCUGGUAAACCAUCUUGUGUCACGGAGCCAACUACAGCGGACGUUGGUAAACCGUCUUGUGUAAUGACGCCAAUGGCAAUCGACGUACCGGUUGAAAAAUCACCACACCAUUCAGGGAACCAUCAAACUGAUUCUUGUAAUAUGCCAGAUUACAGCUGCAACAAAGGCAUCGAACCAGAAACCAUGACAGCUGGAGGGAAAGUGGUAGAACUUCGCAGAUCAGGCAGAAUUCGUAAAGCACCGGACAGAUAG